AUUCAUAUCCUUAUUCUCUUCUUCUCUCCUAAAUCCCAAACAAAACCCACUCACUGUGAAUACCAAAUUCUCACCAUCCCAACUCUUCUCUGUUCCAUAUUCAAAUAAAAUCAUGGGUUUACAAGGAGAUGAAGAAACAGGGACUCCUGUGACUACAAAAUCUUCGAUUUUCAGGUACAAUUCCCCGCUAGUUCAAGUGGGUUUGAUUGGAUUAGUUUGCUUUUGUUGUCCCGGAAUGUUCAACGCGCUCUCCGGGAUGGGUGGUGGCGGCCAAGUCGAUCCCACGGCGGCGAACAACGCCAACACAGCCCUAUACACCACUUUCGCACUCUUCGGAGUCCUCGGCGGCGGAAUCUACAACAUUCUCGGCCCACGCGUCACCCUAUUCGCCGGCUGCUCCACCUACAUCCUCUACGCCGGCUCCUUCCUCUACUACAACCACUACAAACACCAGACCUUCGCCAUCGUCGCCGGAGCAAACCUCGGAGUCGGCGCCGGACUUCUCUGGGCCGGCCAAGGCGCCAUCAUGACGUCAUACCCUCCAGCUGAUCGGAAAGGUACUUAUAUUUCUCUCUUCUGGAGCAUCUUCAAUAUGGGUGGUGUGAUUGGUGGUUUAAUCCCAUUCAUCCUCAACUACAAUAGUGGAGAUAAAUCUAGUUCUGUGAAUGAUGGGACUUAUAUUGGGUUCAUGGUUUUCAUGGCAAUUGGCACUGUGCUUACUCUAGCAAUUUUGCACCCGAGUCGCGUGGUACGCAACGAUGGUUCUCAUUGUACUAAUAUUAAGUACUCUAGUGUGUCUGUUGAAUCUGUAGAAAUACUCAAAUUGUUCCUCAAUUGGAAGAUGCUAUUGUUGGUUCCUGCGUCUUGGGCUAGUAAUUUUUUUUACAGUUACCAAUUCAACAAUGUUAAUGGGGUUUUGUUCAAUCUGAGAACUAGAGGGUUGAACAAUGUGUUUUACUGGGGAGCGCAAAUGAUUGGGUCGGUGAUGAUAGGACACUUGAUGGAUUUCAGUUUCAAGAGUAGAAGGGUUAGGGGAUUUGUGGGUAUUGCGGUUGUUGGUUUGCUUGGGACUGGAAUUUGGGCUGGUGGGCUUGCCAAUCAACUCAGAUACUCUCGCCAUCGUGAGCUCGAGAGGCUCGACUUCAAGGACUCGGGUUCUUCUUUCGCAGGGCCAUUCGUGUUGUACUUCUUUUUUGGAUUACUUGAUGCCAUGUUCCAGAGCAUGGUUUACUGGGUCAUUGGAGCUUUAGCCGACGAUUCUGAGACCCUUAGCAGGUAUAAUGGAUUCUAUAAGGGAGUGCAGAGUGCAGGAGCAGCAAUUGCUUGGCAAGUUGAUACACACAAGGUGCCAUUUUUGAACCAAUUGAUUGCGAAUUGGGCGAUGACUACGAUAAGCUAUCCCCUGUUGGCGGUUCUGGUCUUUUUGGCUGUGAAAGAUGACAGUACGACUGAAGAAGUGAAGACCAAGGAGAUUGAUUUUCCACCGGCUAUGCCCAUACCUGCCUCCGCAGAUGACACUAAGGGUGGGCCUGGCAAGUCUACUUAAAAUACCAGUUCUUUCUUUGGGUCUUUUAUUUUUCUUCUUUGCCUCGAGUCUUUUGUUGUUGUAGUCUUCUUGUGGUGAUAUUUACAAAUAUUUUUAAAGUUGAAUUUUCAUUUGAAUUGUGAAUGUAGUGCAUUAGGAAUCACACUGUAUUGGAAAUACAGUACAUACUUUGUCUGGAAUUUUUUAUUCUCAAAUCCUUCCGACACAUCUUCAAUGUGUGUGAUUCUUGUUGGGUAUACCCCUUAUUAGAGUAUAAGAUCCAAUUGGUUUAUUAAAA